GAGUCGGUCUGACCACCGACUGGACAGCUGGGCUGGGGACCAUGGACCGGACACGAGGAGCUGGAGUCGGCUGGACCACCACUGAAGUAAAAAACGCUCUGACUUCGUUCGGGAGGCACUACACAUAUCGCUCUCUUUUCUAACAGCGAGACAAUUUCCUCCUGUAGAACACGAGCUGACUCCCCCUGAGCCUGGGAGCAUACAAUGCCUGAGAAGCGAGGGGGGAUGACAGCGAAUUGAAGCCUGUAACCCCUUGAUAUCAUUCUCAGCACUCAGGCCGAAGUCGUGAGCGCCGCCCACCUUUCCCUCAUCAGCGAGAGAGGGGUGGCAGCCCCCAGUGUGUCUUCCCCACUGCGCACCGUCAAUAAUGCCGUUAUGGGGCCAUCUAGCGGCGGGGCGUGAGCGUGACCCCUGGUCGACACUGCGCAUGCGCGAGGUGUUGGUGCAUCGAUGGAGUUGGCAGCGUCCCGCAUCCUGAAGGGAGCCGUAGCUCUCCUCGGGAGAGGAGGGAGCAAGAAGGCUUUAGAUCCAGAUGAUUCUUUAACCUUUUAUCCUGUUUUCUGGAUCAGGAGGUGGAGCCAUCUGCCAACUUCCAGGUAACACAGGAGGAAAGAAAGGACAGGAAACUUGAACUAUCGCUUCCUCCUAAAGGCUAAUUUAUACUUCUGCGUCAAAUCGAUGGCGUAGGUAACGGCGUAGGCUACGGGGCUACGCAGAGUUUGGGGGUGUAAUUGCAGAAUGACGGAUACACCAACACACAAGUAUAAAUGCAUGCUUCGGCGUAGGUAUGCACGUAGACCCUAGAGCUGAGUGCACAAAAAAAGGGAGACUACUGCAGAAUGACAGGAACAUUUACCUUCCCCAAUUUAUUAAGAUUCUUUAUCCAACUGAAGAGAUAAAAAUAUGGAUUAUGCUCAAUAGCCCUACAAGUUUUAUUGUACCCCUUCUCUCCUUCCCUUUAUGACACUUUCACCUAAACACAAUGAAGUUCACCUACUGCACACUAUGUGGGAUUCUGUGCAAUCUCCCAUACAAAUACAUGAUUUCUUACCAUUUUGCUAGUUUACACAGAAGAGAGAUUGUAAUCGCUGAAUUUAUCAAUUUGUCUCUAAAUAAAUUUCUGUUUGAUUGCAUGCUAGUUUCAGUACUUCAUUUUUUUUUUGGUUAAAUUUUUUCAAUUAAAUUAAUUUUAUUUAUAUAGCGCGAAAUCACAACAACAAUUAUCUCACAGGGCUUUUCAUAGAAGAGCAGGUUUAGACCAUACUCUGUGAUAUUAUUUACAGGAACCCAACAAUUCCUACCAAGAGAAAGCACUAGGCGACAGAGGCAAGGAAAAGCUUCCUUUUAAGAGGCAGAAACCUCAUUCAGAACCAUGACUCAGGGUUUAUAUGUGAAAGCUCAUAGUUUGUUGUGUCUUGAUUUUUCUGUUGCAGUGGGUGGAGCAGGAAUCCCACUGGCAGCAGGAGGAUAUCAAGGGGGAUACUGGCCAUAUCAUCAUGGUUAUGGGCAGGGUGGGUUGACGUAUCCCUCUGCAGUUGGACUGGGAGGUGCUGGUGGUGGAGCUAAAGCACCCAAACCAGGCAGGGGGAGAAAUGGCAACAACUAUAGGAACAGAAACACUGGCUAUGGCAACCUUGGAGGUGGCAUUGGAUAUCAGCCAGGUGGGGUCCCUGUGGUUCCAGGUUAUGGAGGAGGUUACCCCCAACAGUACUACCAAGGUGGAUAUGUACCAGCCCCACUGACUCCUCAACAAGCCAAAGCAGCCAAGUACGGUCCAUUGCAGGGUUUCCUUGGUGGUGCAGGAGGAGGAGGAGGAGGAGGAGUCUACAGAGGUGGAGUUGCAGGAUGCCAGGGCAAAUACUGUGGGAGGAGGAAGUAGAGGAUCACUUGAGACACAGCGUGACCUCAAGAAACCAUGGUGCUACUGCAUGAUCUAGAAUGUACAUUUUAUAUGCAAACAAACCCCAUUAGAAAAGUGUAAAGAUGUUGUUUUGUUUUUACUUACUUGACUUAAACGUCUGUUUUAAUACAAACCCACCGACCCAGAAUUUUGUACACGUUCUGAUGUGACGUAUGUUACUGAUAGUGCCUUUAAUCAUUAAUGUGGUCAAGUUAAUCAGCUUUAACUCCGCGCACUGCACCAGACAAAGAGUGUGUUUGUGUCAGCAUAUGUUGUUCUUGUGCAUGAAUGUGCGUGUGUUUUGUACUGUUGUGCGAAAGACUGUCUGAACAACCGGCUGCCAAUGUGACCUAUGAACGAUUUCCUCUUUGGUUUUAAUCCUAAAGCAAGGUGAGCUGUCCUUAGCGCUAAAGCCUGCACUGUCUCACCUUGCCAUGCAGAGCUUCUCUGUCAUGCCACAGGGGUUGGGUUGGUCGAGGCUCGUCCAAAAACGGAUGAAAUCUGGCCAAUCUCAGAAUCGUUUCUGGCUCCCCGUCUUCUCCGCUGCUAUUUUUAGACCUGCUGGGUAUAAAGCAGCGGGAAUCGGGGCUCCGACCAACCCAUCUGCUCUCAGUAACUUUGCUGAUUCUAGUUGCUAUGCAGUUCAGUUUUCUCUGCAUUUUUAUUGUUGCCAAACCUGUGAUAUAUGAAGAGCAGCUUCUGCUCUGAGGAACAACAAUCAAAGAGUGUUUAAGUCAUUAAAGGAUGUUAAAAAACCACGGGAAAGCCUUUUACUUCCAAGUAGAUUCAAAUGUAUUUCAGAUGCUACUCUGGCAUGUUGUAUGUAUCAUGUAUGUAUGAAUGUUUAAUUAUGUGUCGCUGUCCUGAAGUCUGGGAUGGAGCGCUUCUGUCUGUUUCAAAUGUUUAGUCUCAUUGCAGCAGUUAUUUACAUUUAUGUAACUUGUCAUUACAUGAUUAUUCAAGAUUUUGUUUUGCACCAUGAUUUGACUCAUAGCUUUAUUGUUAUCAGGAACGUGUGAACAUAAAACAAGAACAGUCCUUUGCUUCUGCAUUUAUUCACUGUUUAGAAUUGUAAUACAGAAUAAGACUUUGUUUAAUGGGUGUGUUUAUGUGUGGCAUAAGCUCCCAUUGUUCUUCAUUUACUUGAGCUGCUUUUAAAAAAGGCUUACUGACCAAAGGUUCAUGAGCGCUGUUGCCAAAGUGACUCCAUCUCUUUCUGUAACUGUGUACUGUAUUUUGUACUAAUUUGACAUUAACUGGCUUCAGUUCCUUUACUCUGUGCUCUGUAAGAACUAUCUUUGAGCCUCGCUGCGUCAGACCUUGUCUUUUGUGCCGUGGGAUACUCUUCAUCUUUAUUUAAAACUGUUUUUAUAAGGAGGAUCAGUGUGGUUUUGCACUUUUUAUAUUUCCACGACACACAUGUGACUUGUUCCUGGAUAUCCCAGCAUUUUAUUUGCUUCAUUAAAUAACAAAAUAAAAUGUGUUAAAAUA